AAUUUAUAAGAAUCUUCUGAAGUCUCUUCACAAGUCUUUGCCUCAAAAUCAAUAAUAUCAUCUCUCUCUCUCUCCAUCUUCCUCGUUCAUCAUCAUUGUGUUUUCCUACUUCUUCAUCUUCACCAUAUUGGUUUGUAAAGAGAGAUCAAGACUGUAAAUAUAUACAAGAAUCAAGAUUUUGAGAUUUCUUCUCCUCUGUUUUUUGAGGAGGAUGAGAGAGGAAGAUUCGAAUUGGUUCUCUAAAUGGGAAGAAGAGCUUCCGUCGCCGGAGGAGCUCAUACCAUUAUCUCAAUCCUUGAUCACUCCUGAUCUCGCCAUAGCCUUUGAUCUCCACCGUCACAACAACAACGAAAACACCGGUCAACCUCUACCUCAAACCACGCCUCAGCCACAAACCAAUUCCUCAGCCGAGUUCGCCGGAGACUCAACCGGAGACGAGCCAGCAAGAACCCUGAAACGUCCACGUCUAGUAUGGACGCCGCAGCUGCACAAGCGUUUCGUGGACGCGGUGGCUCAUCUCGGGAUCAAGAACGCUGUUCCUAAAACCAUCAUGCAGCUCAUGAGCGUCGAUGGUUUAACCAGAGAAAACGUAGCUAGCCAUUUGCAAAAAUACAGACUUUACCUCAAAAGAAUGCAAUCCGGAGGUGGGGGAGGAGGUGGCGGCGGAGGAAGCGUCGGUGACUCUGAUCAUCUCUUUGCUAGCUCACCUGUUCCUCCACAUUUCCUUCAUCCGACAAGUAGACAAAGUUCCGACCAUUUCAUACCGUCUUUUGUCCCAAUUUCGACUCAGCAUGCAGCGACUCAUCUACAACCACCGUCUCAGUUCCUCCACCGACAAAUCUCCGCCGCGAAUUUCAACUCUCCGACCAAAGCGACGGAGCAAGCAAUGUUCUUGGCUAGGCAGAGUCAACAACAGCAACCAGUUUUCAGACCAGCUUCAUUGCAUGUGCAUAGUCAUCAAGUCGCUAAUUACACACAAGAUUUGGAAUCAGGAGCCAAGACGGUCUUAACUCUGUUUCCAACUCGAGACGAUUGAAUAAAAUAUAUAUAUUGGAACAUUCACAACAUGAGUUCUGCUCUGUGACCAGAUCUUUGAUGAUUCUGUUAUAUGUUUCAAAGUGUUACUACAAUCGUCUUGGAACGUAUGAUUGGUUUACUCUGUAAAAGCCUCUGAAAUGCCUAAAAAGAAGUUAUCUUUUUCAGUUGUUUAGAUCUGAUUACACAAACUA